AUGUCUACUCCACAGGUGAAGAGCACUGUCCACAUCAUUCGCAACAAGCACGUCAUACCAGCGGAAUUUAAGCAUCCAUUCCCGAAGAUGUUGAGGAUAACUUUCACUGACAACGAUGCUACCGACUCCUCCAGCGACGAAGAACAACCAUUCAACUCAUCAAUGCGCCGCCAACGACAAAAGAAGUAUGUGGGGGAGAUUAUUUUUGAGAGGCGCAAAGCCAAAAAGAUAAACUCCUCCGGUAAGAAAUACCGGGGAGUGAGGCAGAGACCAUGGGGAAAAUGGGCUGCAGAGAUAAGAGACCCAUCGCGACGCAAACGAUUGUGGUUGGGAACAUAUGACACAGCUGAUGAAGCAGCCAAGGCCUACAACAAAGCCGCCAUUAAGCUGCGCGGACCUGAUGCACUCAUCAAUAUCAUUGAGACACCAACCGCGGAGGUGCAGAGCUCGCCGGAGAAAACAAACCUGCCGGAGGUGGAAACUUCCAUGGCUACAAAGGCCGGUUAA